GCUGCGGUAAGGUGCAACGUUCAGGAUCUCAAGUUAGAACUCUAUUCACACAUAGAGCCGCCGGCUCUACCUUCCUCUCUAUUUAGGUGUGAAAUGCUGACACAACUUGAUCUAUGCUUUCCGGAUACUCUCAGAGUUCCUUCUUCAGUUCGUUUUUCGAGUCUAAAGCUCUUAACUCUCGAGUAUGUCAAGUUUGUGGACGAUGUUUCCACGGAAAGGAUGCUCUCAGGCGCUGCUCUUGAGCGGUUGUUUCUUAAUAAAUGUGACUGGGCAGAUCUCCAAGUUUUGAAUGUGUCUGCUCCCAAGCUUCGGAGCUUGCGUGUAACUGAAGCGCGAUGUGAUGGGGAUCGUAGUGGCAAUGGUAAUUGCAAAAUAGUGAUCCAUGGACCCGGUCUCAAGUACUUCUACUGCUCGGGUGGGCUCCUCUAUGACUACACCAUAUCUGGCUCAUCCAUGCCGGUUGAGGCUAUGGUCGAAGUGGAUUAUGUGGAUUAUGUGCCCUAUGCACGGUCUGAUCCAGUCGACCGUUGGCAUAGGCCUUUAAAAGGCCUUCUAAAUGUAAAGUUUCUGACACUAAGGGGCCUUAGUUUCCGGAUCGACAGUCCACUCCAUGAUGCCCUCCCGGUGUUCCGUAAUCUUAUAACGUUGAAACUAUCCAUUGGAGUCAUGUGCUUGUCUUCGCCAACACUGGCAGCGAUCCUUAGAAGAUCUCCCCGUUUGGAGAAUCUUGAAUUUACUAAGGGAUUGCGUGUGGACCAUAGAUUGGUGGAUGGGAUACUGGACCCUCCCCCUCCUUGCUUCUCGUCGUCACUCAAGAGAAUCACUGUAGGUGCAUUUUUUGGCACGGAGGCAGAGAUGUUAGCUUUAAGGAUUUUGCUUAGGACCGCUAAAGUUCUAGAGGAAAUUAUCCUAAGUCGUCCUGGAGAUCAUUUGGGUUUUGAUGAGUACUUGAUCAGAGACUUGGCGGAGCUAGUGCGCCAAAACACCACAGACUAAAUUUAGUUCGCCGUGUCCCCAACCAAGGCAGGUUGGUGAAGGAUAAUUUUUGUUAUUUGAACCUUUCGGGUGUCUACAGCUGCGGUCGUAAUGUUUCUUUGACUUCUCGCUGUGUAUAGUUUUUUUUGAUCAGGCUCAUCAUUGUUUAUUAUAGUGUACGAUCUCAUUUAUCAAAUACAGACAUCCUGACAAUGUUCAUGCUUGUUGGCGGGGAUGUAAACGGGAGAAGAAUUGCGAUGGAGGUUGU